AUGAGCGAACUGUAUUACAUCCAGUCGCUUUCCACCAACAAUAAAUAUACCGAAAUCAAGAUCCCUACUGGACCAGGAGAUGCGCUCGGUAACAUCUUCUUAUCUCCCCUUGGACAACACUGUUUAGCUACCACUAAACAGGGUGAGAAUUACUACGUCCAAGUGAAAUCUGGAGUUGCCUAUUCACUGAAGAAGAUAAAGGGCGUUUUGAGUAGUGUGGCAUGGAAUCCAGAAUGCAUCAAGGAAGGCGAAACUGGACACAUCCUGCUGGGUACUACACAAGGUGCAAUUAUCGAGACCAUGGUUUCAUCGACUGGUGUGGUUAGCUUUGUGAAGGAACAUUCCACGAGCUUUGGUGGCGAGAAAAAUCUCAGUAUUUCUGACAUUUAUCUGUACAUGCUCAACGAUGAUAAUCCUAAAGCAGCAAAGUGGCUUAUGUUAGUAUGUCAGCCUGGCCGGCUGUGCUCCGUCUAUGCUUCCAUCGAUAUGUCUCCUUCUCCAAAAACGAACUACAUUGGGGCGGCAAAUCUGCAGGCUGGUUGGAUUACAAUGCCGGAAGCGCCUCUUCAUAUAUUCCAUCCAUUUUUCUCAACCAAAGAUUCUCAACAAGUAUGCAUGUCGAUGCAGAGUACGGCUUCAUCACAAACUCUCCCCGACCUCAGUGCACUCCUGGUAUAUCCUCCUCACGGAGAAGCAAACCGUUUUCUCUGGCUGGGUCCUAGUGGGAUAACAAUUGGGAAAAUUAGUCUUUUCGCCGACAAACCUCGAGACAUUGUUGAAGAAGAAGACCACAUGGAGCAUCGACGUUUUGAGGGACGGCUUGAGCGUCCCACUGGCGUAUCGUUGACCGAAUAUCACAUGCUUUUAGCCUACCCUAAUCGGUUAAACGCUUUAUCGAUCUACACAAAAACUGUAGUAUAUGAGGACAUCUGGCCAACGGAGUUUGGUAAUUCCGUGGGUCUGGUAAGCGAUCCGACAUCGGAGUUCCAUUGGCUCUUCACCAGUCAUGUUACUAUGAAAUACAAGCCUGUAGACGAGAACAGGUAUGUCUGGAGAGUGUUCCUCGAGCGUGGAGACUAUGCCAAAGCUCUCAUGAUAGCCAGAAGCAGGUUAGAAAUCGAUCCUGAGGCCCACGAGUUGGUUCUGAAGCGGCAGGCUGACAAAUACAUAGCCGAGAAAAAUUUCACGGCAGCUGCGGAGAUACUCGCUCAGUCCACUGAGGCCUUCGAAGCUGUUGUCUUGAAAUUCAUGUCGGCUGAUGAUCCUAGACAUCUUGGGCUGAAAACGUUACUGGAGAAAAAACUGGAUGGAAUGUCACGUCCUGAGGAUCGGUUACGUCGUGAAAUGUUAGUGAUAUGGCUUUUGGAAAUCCAGCUUGCCGAAUUGGCCGAAUCACGUCGCGAAGGUCGUGAGCAAGAAAGUGCUGAUCUUGCAACUCAUUUGCAGCGUUUUCUUAUGAGAAAGAAUGUGCAUGACAGCGUGGUUGUCAAUAAAGAUGCUGUUUACAACCUGAUGGCAUCUCAUGCGGAUUUUGACUCCCAGUUGUUUCUUGCUAAACAAAUCGGUGAUUUUGACAGAGUUGUUGACAUCCAUCUGAUUAGGGAGCACUACAUGGAAGCAUUAGAAAUCUUAAAAAGCCAGGCAGAAUAUUCCGGAAUUUUGGUGAAACACAUAUCAAUGGAACUUUUCGCCUCUCUUAUUGGUAAUGAGCAGGUGCGACCGCAACGAAUGCUGCCAGCGUUGUGCCUUUGUCAAGAAUCAGUAGGAAUGGCAACUCACGCGCUAAAGUACCUUGAAUGGGCUGUGGAAACGCGUGACGCGUCUGGAGAUGUUGCUCUUCACAACCUUCUCCUUCUUUUGUACGCUCGAUUUCGGCCUAAGCGACUGCAUGAAUAUCUGACCAAGUGCGGGUUCGACAAGUCGGCUGUGCCUUAUGAUCUUGAUUUCGCGUUGAGAACAUGCGAGCAGUACAAACUGGAGAAAUCAACUGUAUUCUUGUACUGCGUCUCAGAGAUGUUUAGUGACGCUGUCGAUCUCGCUUUGAAGGCGUUCCCCGAAAACGGUGUAACGAUAGCCAAGGAGUGCGCUCAUAUGAUGGAUCCAGAUGAAGAAGAUACCAUUAUGGGGCUUGAACCGAAAUUCUCUGUAGAUUAUAGAAGGAGGAUAUGGUUAAAAAUCGCUUCAUUUGUCAUUGGUAAAGGCGAGAAUGCUGCAGAAAGUAUAGCUCUGCUGAAGGAAUCGGGAGAUGUUCUGUCUAUUCAGGAUAUUCUCCCCUUCUUUCCUGAUUUCACAGAAAUCAAGGAUUUCAAGGAUCCUCUGUGUGUUUCGCUUCAGGAACUUCAACAAGCUAUGAAAGACGCCACGCUCAUGGCACAGGAGAUUCGAGAGAAGACUGAAAGGCUUCGAGAUCGGGUGACCAUCGUGAAAGCUGGAGAUGUGUGCGCUAAAUGUGAGCGUUCAUUGAUUGGAAGGCCUUUCCAUGCUCACCAUUGCCGGCAUUUCUUUCAUCGAGAGUGUCUGGAGGAAGAGAUGAUGCCAUUUUUGAGCGAGGAAUUGAAAGCCCGUCUUAGUGACCUUGAGGCAACCGAGAAACGGUUAUUUGCGCAACUUCAAGCUGCUGAUCGAGUUCCCACAGCAACCGACAAGUUCACCGAUGAGCGAAAAGCACGCUUUAUGAAAGUCACAUGCGAAAUCAAUGAAAUAAUUGGUACUCAAUGCCCUCUUAUGUGGCUGAUCGAUAAGCCUUUCUUCACGGAGGAGCAGUUUGAAGCUGAUCAUGAGUCUUGGGAGAUCUAG